CUUUGGUUGUGCUGUACUCUGUAGUACUAAUACGUUGCACUGCAAAUCAAGAAGAAUUGAAGAUUCCGAAGAUCUUUGCUCAACAUGGAGUGAUUGUAGUUGAGUAUAUUGGAUAAUGUUUAUAAGCGUUUGUUUUGGUUUGAAAUGUCGGUAUCUUGUGCCUUAAAGUCUUGCGUAGCUCAUGAAGGCAACCACGACACGUUGGAACUACACUUUUUCCCGUUCCCGGAGGACGCAGAAAUAUGUGAACUGUGGAUUAAGAAAUGCAACAGAUUUGACUUGCUUGGCAAACCGUAUAGCGAAAUUCACCGUACGCUAUACCUCUGUGAAAGACAUUUCAGUGAAGACGCAUUCGAAUCGCCGAAUGUUCUAAAACCUAACGCUGAACCAAGUGUUCUUAUUGAAGACAUUACGUCUACUCUAAAUCUCGAUAAACCUGGGAACACAAUGGGCCCUGAAGUAGUAGUUAUUCCUUAUACCAUCUCUGCCAGUGAAGAGGAAAUUGUGGAAUAUGGAGGAGGGGAAAUCAAAGAAGAAGAACAGGAAGUUGCGGAAAUAGAAACACGUUAUGAAAUAGCAGAAGGUGAUGUGUAUAUUGAACCAUUGGGGGAAAACACAUCUGAACAAGGAGAACAACAAGAAAACCAGUAUGAAAUAAUUGAUGAAAAUGUCUUCGUCAGUCAAGAAACUGUGCAAGAGAAUAACGAGACAGCGGCUGACGAUUCAAAUAUCAAUAACUGCCUGGAAAUUCAGAAGUCGAAUGUUGUGGGGAUAAUAGUCGAAGAAAAUUCCUAUGACAGAGAUGAUUGGCAACAAGGUCAAGAUACAGCUCUUGCUAACAUAUUGUGUCGAAUUUGUGCAUCAGAAGAAAUAGAACUAGUUCCUGUGUUUGGAGAGAAGGGUGAAGAGCUACAGUUAAUAGAAAAGAUAAAAUGGCAUCUUCCAAUUGAGGUCAGAGAAGAUGAUAAACUUCCACUACAGAUAUGUAUAACAUGUAUUGAUAAAUUAAACUCGUGUCAUGAAUUAGUCAGUUCUUGCUUGGAAGCUGAUGCAAAGUUACGAAAAUUAUUCUGCAUUGAAGAUGAAGAAUCCAUUGAAAUAACCUGAUGAUUCCACUCACGG